AUAAUAAUAAUCAGAAGUCUUAACAAGUUAAUUAAGAAGAUGGCCGAUCAACACCACCACCAAACGCCCUCAGAUGAAUGCAACCACAAUAUGGUCUCUAACCUCUACAAAGCAUUGGCCUCAAGAGACGCCACAACCGUCCACUGCCUCCUAGCCCCCAACAUCGAAUGGUGGUUUCACGGUCCUCCAUCUUGCAACCGUCUUAUGCGCUUGCUCACCGGCUAUACCACGUCGGACGAGGAUAACUCACUCGACUUCAACCCUAUCUCCAUCGUCCCGAUUGGUUCAGUGGUUUUGGCUGAAGGGUGUUUCCCAGCUAGCUGUGAAGUCAGCUGGGUGCACGCGUGGACGGUCACAGAUGGGGUUAUAACUCAGGUGAGGGAGUACUUCAACACUUCUGUUACGGUCACUCGGUUUGCCAAGUCAGCUAACGUCCAUGUAGGAUCACCAGGCGUUGACAAGUGUCAAUGCGUGUGGCAGAGCCAACUUACUGAUCAUGCAUCCAUGCCUAGUCUUCUUCUUGCUGUUUAAGUGAAUUUCCUUUUUCUUGUUAAUCUAGCAACAAUAAUUAAUGCUUUAUAA